UAGGUAGUAUACGGGGAGCACAGACAGUUCGCUCUUGUAUAACAGAAUGUACUGGAAGCGGACAUCUGCAGUUCCAGGAAGGACAUAGAUAUAGUUAUCGGUACACAAGUGUGACAAAAACAUCUCUGCAAGGGAACAUAUAUAACAGCAGUGGCAUUUCUCUGACAUGUAUAGCAAACAUCGAUGUUCGAGACAGAUGCAAUUUGAUUUUAAAGUUACAAAAUGUGCAGGUGAAGACCAUUUCUCAAGGAAAUGAAGAGCCACAAAGGGGCAUAGAAAGUAUAAGGGACAAAUUGGAGAAACAUCCACUUCCAUUUUCAUUUCAAGAUGGAAAAAUCCCAAGGAUCUGUGCAGUUACUGAAGAAGAGGCAUGGGUGCUGAACAUCAAAAGGGGAAUUCUCAGCAUUCUUCAAAAUUCCUAUGCUUCCAGUGAAAAUAAUUCGCUUCAAGAGACUGAUGUUUCUGGUCACUGUCCAACCAACUAUCGGACCAAUGGAUCAGUUCUAUGGAAAACUAAACAGCUAAACCAUUGUUCACAGCGAUCUGUAGCAUUUACAUCUUUGCAUUCUAUGAUGCCACCAGACAAGUCUUCUCAUCAACAUCUCCUGGAUUCUCGCUUGGAAUGUACACAGAAAUACAAGGAUGGAGUACUGGAGAACGCCAGCUGCACAGAGUCGAAUCUCUUAACUCCAUUUUCUAGAAAAGGACAUGGAGCAAAGAUAGCGACACGGUCUGCACUUCAUCUCCUUAAACGAGAAAUUGACAUUUCAUCUUACCAAGAUCUGGGAGAUUUGCUUGAGAGUACACUUUUGUUUGACUUAAAAGCCAACGGAAGGAGUGAAGGUACCAAAUAUCCCACUGGAGACCAAGUGGCAGACACUGUGAGAAAACUCUGCAUCACAAAAGUCCUUAACUCAGAGGCUGCAGAACUCUUUACGACUCUGGUGUUUGAACUGAGAAGUCUUUCUUUUGAUGCUCUCAGACACUUGUGGCAGACGGCUUCAUUUAAGUGCAGAGAUGACUGGCACCCUCUCGUAGAUGCCUUACCAGCCUGUGGCACCGAGGCAUGUGUUAGCUUAAUGAAGGAAAUUAUAAUUUCAAAGGAAGUAGAAGAUGAAAAGGUGGAAUCUUUCCUGCAUUCUCUGCCAUUUAUUUCUGAACCUACUUUUGGAAUGCUAAGUGCUCUUGCUGCCAUGUAG